AUGCAAUUUGUGGACUACACAUUGGUCCAGCCGACCGCGAUCACGACGUGUUGUAGCGGACAUGUGAGCGAGGAUUCUGCUGUUAAUUUUGUUGUUGUCAAAGCCGAGCGGAAAAUUGAAUUAUUAAAAAUAGUACCGGGGGAUGAAGAAGAUACACUCGAAACGGUUGUGCAGCUUGACAGUUAUAACACCGUUAAGUCUGUUUCAUGUGUUUGCAAUAUUAACUCGGAUGUUGAUUUUGUUAUUAUUGGGUUGUGUAACUCCACACAAGUUCUUCGCCUUGAGAACGGCAAAUUGGAAGUCAUUUUUAGCGAUCAAUUUGGUAAAGUGUCAGAGCGGAGUUGUCCCUCUCGGUAUAUUGUGAGUGACAUUUCGACUGGGAAUUUUGUUGGAGUUGCGAUGAAUGGAGACGUCACUUAUUAUAAACAGCAACACGGGACGUUUGAAAAACACGCUUUCAGUCUCGGGAAUGUUGUUUGUUUUGGGUGUGCGUCAUUGUUGGAGAAUUACUAUGCGUUUUUGGUUUAUUCCAUUGAUGAAAAGAAGAAGAAGGUGGUGAUCUACAAAUUGUGUUUACCGGACAGUGGAGAGAAGAUCAAAGAAGAAGAUGUACUUAUUGAUGUUGGGCAGAUAUACAAUUUUCCAAAGAAAAACAGCUAUGGAUAUAGUCGCGAUGAUGAAUUAUAUUUGAGCAUAGAUGGCGUGACGACUUCAUACAAAGUACCAUGCAGAGAAAACAGUAAGGAGUCUGUGAAAGUGUGUAUCACCAAUUUGGUGUAUUUACAACAAAACGGAGCGGAUCUGUUUCUAUUACAAAAUGAACUUGGGGACGUCUUCUUGGUGAAUACAACAAACAAAGCAAUUUGUUACGUCGAUACAAUAACACCUUCCGUCCAAUGGGCAAUCAACUCGGACUCCCUCCUGUGCGCUUCAGAGUGCCAAAACCAUUUAAUCAUUAAACUUCCACCUCUGUUGACAACCAAUGGGACUUCAUUACCAUAUCGCCCACAUGCUACUGUCUUGGAGACUGACAUUCAAAUCAACUCAAAUCACCCGUUGACGUGUUUGGAUGUUGUGGACGACGAGGAGGUUUUGAAGUUUCACGCGUUUGUCGGGAAAGGCAGUCGAAGCACUGUGAAGACAUUGAUUAAUGGCCUUAGUGUCGAAGAGUUCAUGAAAUUUCCAUUGAACAACCCAACAAAUGUUUGGACGUUAAAAACGUACAACGAGAAUAUGCACAAAUUCAUUGUGAUUGGGUUUAAAGACCAGACCUAUGUCUUGAAGAAGGUGGCGGAUACUUUGACGCAAUGCCCUGAAUGUGGAAUUCGUUUGAACACACAAACUUUGCACGCUGGAAUGCUUAUCGAUGGCACGUUACUCCAAAUCCACUCACAUGGCAUUAUAACUAUUUUGGAGGAGAAA